GAUGGAAUCAGCCAGUGGAGCUCUCGACCCUGAGAGAAAUAUCCUUGCAAGCUUGUCCGCUCCUAUUCUUGCUUCAAAAUUACGACGGGAAUAACAGUGAUCACAAAAUCCAAGCACAGCGCCAGUCCCUUGCGAUUAGACAGAAGCGAAUUGGAUGUACAAUAAAAAAAGCGCAACUUGGACAGCGGCUUCUCUCAUAGAAAUUGCUUGACUGCCUACAGUGCUGCUUAUCCUGGCGGUACUGCAGAAUUGGUGCGAGACUGGCAAAAACAUUUAAAGUAACCUGACAUUAUAUGAUCAGCUUUCGUUUUCUUUAACUUUGAACUGGAUUCACCAACCUUCUGUUAAGUGCUAAAAGGCAACUAGGAGGCGGGAGGACUGUAGCUGGCUGGAUUGUGUGUGAAACCCUAACGCUUGAAAUCUGCCAGAAACAAUGGGAAGAAAGCUGGAUCUUUCAGGCCUGACGGAAGAGGAGGCUGAGCAUGUGCUGCAGGUGGUCCACAGAGACAUGAGGCUUCGUAAGAAAGAGAAGGAACGUCUGAGUGAAAUGAAACAGGAGCUCGAAGAAGAAGGCAGCAAAUGCACAAUCCUCUCCAAACAGAACAAGUUUAAUGACCACUGUUGCAUCCGCUGCUGCUCCCCCUUCACGUUUCUCAUAAAUACCAAACGCCAGUGCCUGGACUGCAAAUUCAAUGUCUGCAAGAGCUGCAGGAACUACAGCAAGAAGGAGAAGGCAUGGAUCUGCUCGGCAUGCCAGAAAAGCAGGCUUCUAAGGACCCAGUCUCUGGAAUGGUACUACAAUAACGUUAAAAGCCGAUUCAAGAGAUUUGGCAGCGCCAAGGUUUUAAAGACCCUGUACAGAAAGCACCUUGCAGAAAGAGGAACUCUUUCAGAUGUUACAGAUGGUAGCAUUCACGAAGGCAGCUUUGAAAAUGAGGGAAGCAUCUGUGGCAGUGACUCAACUUUCUACAGGCAAAGCGAAGGACACAGUAUGGCUGAAACACUCAUGGUUGCUCUUCGUGUUGCUGAGGAGGCAAUAGAAGAAGCGAUAUCUAAGGCUGAGGAAUACAGUGAUAGUUUGGAAAAGCAAAAUGAAGCUCGUUAUCUGCGUGACAACAAAGAAGAGCUCAUAGAGGAACUAGCUACUACAAUAGUGCAAAAAAUAAUAAGAAGAAGGAGACACUCAGAGGUGAAAACCGAUUUUGAAUAUGAAUGGCCCCGGUUCCAGAGUGGCGAUAUGAUCUCACCAACUACAUCAGAAAACAGUAACCUCACCUCUCAAGCCAGCCCCAGCGUUUCCUACUCUUUAUGGAGGUCUCAGUCUGCCUUCUCCCUCACUGGUGAAGACACACAUGAAAAGCCGACAGAUCCAGACUGGAAAGUUGCUGUGUCUGAGGCCAUAUGGAAGCAACAGGAUGAAUUUCCUACUUUGAAGAAGGUUGCAAGACCUUCCCCAUUGCCAAGCUGGAAAAGCAUGGAUAGACUGGAUAACUCCAGCCCAUCCUCUAUGUUACAGAGCCCUGAUGGGAACUGGAUUGCCUUACAAAGUGCUCUCCUCUCAAGGCCCAGCCUCCUUACAAAACCCAAAAGUGAGGUCUUUGCAACUUUAGAGAAGGAAUCAGGGGUCAUCUCGGCCUAUGACGAGCUGGGCUCAGACACAGAAGAUGAGGAAUAUGGAUGGAAUUCCACUUUCGAUAAGUUGAGGAGGCAGCACAGGAAGCUGUCAGAUGAGACCUACUAUACUGAUUCUCAACAUGAUCCUGAGUGGACCUAUACAAAACAUGGGCCUGGGCCUGUGACUUCCCCAUCCUCAGGGCAGUAUACCAACACAGAGACCAUGUGCUCUGAUUCUGAGACCUCAUCUGUGCAAUCAGCAAGGAAUAGCCUGCCAAGAUUUCGCAAGACACAGCUGCUGAAGAGGAACGGCCUUGAUCACCAUGAUGCUCUGGAUAUCAACUUGAACCCCCAGUCGAGCUUCCAGGGGCCAGUGGAUAGUAGCGAGGCAGAGGAACGCCACAGCAAUUUGAGGCGUUCCCGACGCCGAAGGAGAAGCAAGCUAUCACUUACAGAACAAUAUCAUGAAAGCGACACUCUGCUCAGCACCUAUCCCAUGUCAUAUUCAGCUUGCUAUCAGGAUAAUGCUGGGUCUUUGGGAGCAACCGUCAGAGAUGAAAGCUGCUGCCCUCCUCAGAGGGAUGCAGAUGUCGUGGAGGUGGAGUUGAAAGCUAAGCUCUGUGAAAUGGCGUGCAAUGCAAGUGAUAAGGAACCCUAUUCAGAGGAAGAGAGUGACCAGACCAAGUUCGGAGCGCCACUGCCAGAAAGUUCCCCCUGUGUCAGGGAGGAUCCUGCGUUACUGGAGAAUGUCCGAAAGGAAGGGCAUAAUCAUAUAGACCUUCAACCGAAGCUUCAGUUCUUAUCAUCAAUGUUAAAACAGAAGUAUUCUGCAGCAACUCUGUGCAACAUUACGACUGAGGUACUCAAGGUGCUCAAUGCAACAGAGGAACUUAUUGAAGAAGCUGCAGGUGACAAUGACAGCCUCUCUGAGUUGAUGGGAAAGACCACAAUUGCUGCCGGCACAGACACUGAAAAACUGGAUGAACAUCUUACCACAUUGGAGGAAAAUGUCUAUCUGGCUGCUGGCUCUGUCUAUGGACUGGAAGGACAGCUGGGUAACCUGGAGGAGUGUGCCCGCAGUAUCAAUAGUGUCACCACUGAAAAUGAGCUUGCUCACUUAGAAGACCAAGUGGCAAGUGCCGCAGCGCAGGUCCAUCAGGCUGAACUCCAGAUAUCAGAUAUUGAACAGAGAAUCUCAGCGCUUAAAACUGCUGGGUUAAAUGUGGCCCCUUGUACACGAUUUUCCAAGUACAAAGAACACAAACAAUCAACUCAGCCACAAACCCUCAGUACAUCACGGCGACAAAGAAGAAAGCUUCCUGCCCCUCCAGUGAAAGAUCAAGAAUCUAGGCCUGAACCCAUGUUUAAUCUUCUGAGACCACAAUAACCAACUGCCAAGAACACACUGCCUUCUGUGGUACACAACAGUGCCUUGAUUUUGCAGCCUUCAGUGGCUUUAAAAGUAAAUGGACCUACAAAAGACUCUCAAUGGUCUUAUUAAUCAGGCUCUGCUAUCAUACCUCCUUGGGCUCAACAACUUAUCAACAGUGUGUGUGUUUUUUUUUCUGGAUGGAUAUUCUCUGCCUUAAACCCCAGAAAAGUGACAGAUGACUAGUAGGAUGAUAAGGCCAGCUUUUAAUGUUGUGAAAAACAUGUUCAUAUUGUAAGCAAGAGUCUUGCAUCUGUUCAGUUCAUUGCAACUAUAUAUAUAUAUUACAUGUAAAAAGACAAAAAGUAUGACAGCUACUGUAUUUUCAUCUGUUGUAAUGUAAUACUGUACUGUAUGUAGCUAUCUGUUGUAUGGGGAAUUAAGUUUAUGCAGUAUCUUCCUCAAUGCUACUAAAAUGCUUGAAUUUUCAAACAUUCCUGACAGAAUACUGUAUUAAAUUAUUACAUCAUUUUGAUUUCACAUAAGUUAGGUAAUAAAACAACAACAAGAAAAUAGUUUUAGAUUCAACAGCAACAGGGUUUUACCCCAUCUUUUGUUUUCUUUAAAAGUUCAUUAAAACAAUAUUUAAAAAAAACAUUUUUAAAUAUUGUUUUAAUGCAUAUCAGGAUCCAUUUUAAAUUUCUGCACUCUUUAGUUGUUCUUUUUAUAACCAUGGGUCCUUUGUUAUACUGAUCUAAAACUGUAUCUUUAUACAGUCAUUUUGUAAUUAGCACAUGGAAUUGCUCUAAAUGAAUAAUUUUACUUCUAACGGUUUAUAACCAGACAGUUAAAAGUUAUAAGGUCCAUAUUACAGUAUAUUCAAGCACAAAACAGUUUUAAAGAUCUUAACAUCACUAAAAUCAAUGUCACUAAAAACAAAAUAUUCUGUACCAUAUGCUACAAAUAAGGUUUCCCAAAGUAUUGCCAUCUACAAAUUUAGCAAUUUAUAAAUAUGCAAAAGACUCAAUUGCUACACUACUUACUGUAUCUGGACCUUGAUCAUGAGAUCUGACUCAGUUUGUAUUUCAGUUUAUAUUUCUCUUAAGUGCAAAUGUGUAUUUACAAGAAGAAUGCAGAGAAGCUUACUGUAAACUGUAUAUACUGUAACUACAGUAGACAAACUGAAUAGUUUCUUUCUCUCCCUUUUACUGAAUAGAAGUUACUGAACUUAAUGUACCUGUAAGCAAUAGACCCACCCACAAAAAUGCAGAACACAUUCUAAAUAAUAAGCAUCUUAAUACGUAUAUGAAUCCCUUGCAAGUCUAUGAUGUUUGCACACGGCCACAACGUGAACGUGUAAUGUAACAGUUCUCAUGUUAACAUUUGCAUAUUGAGAAAUCAUUAAAAUCAUGUAUACCUGAUAAACAUUUUUCAAAAUAUAAGGUGCAAGGCAGUUUAAUGUUUUGACAAUUAACUUAUUAACACAGACCCUGGAUCUACAGCAAGGUAUUAGUUCAGACAUUUUUUUUAGUUUUUGAAUAGUUCAUUUUCAUGAGUAGAUUAUGUACUGUACAGUAUGUGUUGCCAUUUAUAAUAUGUUUAGACUUAACAAAAUACCUCAUUUACAGGAGAACAUUUAUGCAAACAUUUUUUUUUCUGUUACAAAAACUAAAACAAGAUUAUUCUAACAAACUAUUUUUUGUAUGGUAUUGCUAUUUUCUAUAAGGUUCAAAACAUUUUCUGAACAUUAUUAUCACAUUAAUCUAAUGUUAUAAAUAUAAUUACCUCUAAAUAGGUUUAAGAGUUUAUUUGUUGCCUAUUUUUCUUUCUUCUUCUCCCUUAUGCUGAGUGAGAUUUAUUUGAUUCCUACUUUCUAAACUUAUUUCUAAGAGAGUGAAUAUACAGUAUGUACCAUGUUGAACAACAUUUUCAUUAUGUCUUGCACUUAUGAACAUGAUUGGUUGUAAAGUGUGUAAAGGGUUGAAAGCAGCAACAGUAACCUACCUAAAAAUAUCCUCAAAGACGAUAGCGUUACAGUUACAAAAGUAAAUGUUCUGCUGAUUCUGUGAUAUGUAAAAUAGCUUAACUGAUACAAAGUUAACCUAAGAGAUAUUACCAUUUUUUCUGGAGUUUGUUUUUGCAUGGGUUUGCUAUGGAACCAUUUCCUUUUAAGGCAUGUGUUGGGUUUUCUCAGAGCAGGCGACAAUAAAAAUGAGUCAGACCACUGUGUGUACAGUAUAUACUGGAAACACCCUCAUUGAACCUCAGUACAGUACAGUAAUUUAUAUCAUAUGCCCUCCUUUGCUACAACUCAGCUUUUAAAAUGUUUUUUUAGGUAUGGGAUUGAUAUAGGGAACAAGUUUGUUUUGAAGUGGUGCACAGUGGGGGAUUUUAAGAAGGACAGACACUUGAAGACAUGCUUUCCACCGCAUUUCUGUUCUUAGUAUUUUAUUUACCAAAGUAAAUUGUUUCACGUUUGUUAAUGUGUUGUUUUUCAAGUUCAAGAAAAGACUUCAAUAAAACAGACCUUACACUUUGAAGCUCUCACUUUGACUGGACACUAAUUCAAACAAGUAAAAUAAUACAAUAAAAAGCUGCUCUGUCCUCUUUUUUUGUAUGUUUGCAAUUUUAAAUCUUUUCAGUUUUUUGUGAAAAAUAUAAAAACAAUGUAUUUGUUGUGUUGCUGUGUUCAAUGAUCCCAUUGUGGUUUAAGAUGGAUAGUCAAAGGAUUUCUAGAAAAUGAAUGUUACCUUUGGUGUGUCUUCGUAUUAAUCAUUUUCAUUUAGUAAUAUUAAAACAAUCAUGCUUAAAGUUGUUCAUUUACUGUGUGUAUAUAUGGUAUGCCGCAUGUCUCUGAUCUGAAAUGAAUGUAAACAUUCUUAUGAAAAGCACAGCCAAGGGUUUAAUUAAAUAAAUUAAUGUCCUGUAUUUUUCUAUUGUAUAAAACCCUUUAUUUUCUUUCAGAUUUUUUGUUCAUAACAUAGGAUACUGAAAUUGUACAUUUUGCAACUAAUUAUAAUUUUAUUCAGUGUAAAUAUGAAUGAAUAUGAAUAUUUAACUGUGUGGCUAAAUUCGGAAUGAUUGCAGUGAACCACAGUAUACUAUGCACAGCUUGAUUUACAAAUCUGUAUCAGUUGCUCAAUUUUUUAAUUGUUUGAUUUCCUGUUACUAGAAAAAUAUUCAAUACGCAAAAAAUGUCUCAGCUGAUCUUAGAGUUUCCAUGUGCCAAACUGUUCUGAUUGAGAAAAAAAGUAAUAUCGUUAACGAAUAAAGUUUGCAUACAUGA